CUGUAUAAAACUUUUGGGGACGGUUUGCCGGGUUGCACUUUCCGUCGGUCCGGGGCUCAGACAGGAGAGAGGGGGCAGAGAGAGAGAGAGAGAGAAAGAAAGAAAGUAAAAAAAAAGAAAGAGGGGGGGUUUCCACUUUUUAAUCCCACGCUUCAAGAAAGUGCCUCUCCGUUUCAGCCAGGAUGGAGAACGCACACAUCAAGGACUCGGAGGACGUCCUGUCCUACUUCGGCGUCACCGAAGACACCGGCCUGUCCCCGGAUCAGGUGAAGAGGAACCUGGAGAAGUACGGCUUCAACGAGCUGCCGGCGGAGGAGGGAAAGAGCAUCUGGGAGCUGGUGGUGGAGCAGUUCGAGGACCUGUUGGUCAGGAUCCUGCUGCUGGCCGCCUGCAUCUCAUUCGUGCUGGCCAUGUUCGAGGAAGGAGAAGAAACCGUCACUGCCUUCGUGGAGCCCUUCGUCAUCCUCCUCAUCCUCAUCGCGAACGCCGUCGUGGGCGUGUGGCAGGAGCGUAACGCGGAGAGCGCCAUCGAGGCCCUGAAGGAGUACGAGCCCGAGAUGGGGAAGGUUUACCGGGCGGACAGGAAGAGCGUUCAGAGGAUCAAGGCCAGGGAGAUCGUCCCCGGUGACGUGGUGGAGGUUUCUGUCGGUGACAAAGUGCCAGCUGACAUCAGGCUCAUCUCCAUCAAGUCCACCACUCUCCGAGUGGACCAGUCCAUCCUCACCGGCGAGUCCGUGAGCGUGAUCAAACACACUGAUCCGGUCCCGGACCCGAGGGCCGUGAACCAGGACAAGAAGAACAUGCUGUUCUCUGGCACCAACAUCGCCGCCGGUAAAGCCACCGGCAUCGCCGUGGCGACCGGCGUCACCACCGAGAUCGGCAAGAUCCGCGACCAGAUGGCGGCGACGGAGCAGGAGAAGACGCCUCUGCAGCAGAAACUGGACGAGUUCGGAGAGCAGCUCUCCAAGGUCAUCUCCCUCAUCUGCGUGGCCGUGUGGAUCAUCAACAUCGGUCAUUUCAACGACCCCGUCCACGGGGGCUCCUGGUUCCGAGGGGCCAUCUACUAUUUCAAGAUUGCCGUGGCUCUGGCCGUAGCCGCCAUCCCCGAAGGCCUGCCCGCCGUCAUCACCACCUGCCUGGCCCUGGGAACUCGCCGUAUGGCCAAGAAGAACGCCAUCGUCAGAAGCCUGCCCUCCGUGGAGACCCUGGGCUGCACCUCCGUCAUCUGCUCCGACAAGACCGGCACCCUCACCACCAACCAGAUGUGUGUCACCAAGAUGUUCAUCAUCGAUAAAGUCGACAAUGACAACGUCGCCCUCGGUCAGUUUGACAUUUCUGGCUCAAAGUACACCCCCGAGGGAGAAGUAACGAGGAACGGCUCGCUGGUGAAGUGUGGACAGUACGACGGACUUGUUGAGCUGGCGACCAUCUGCGCUCUGUGCAACGACUCCUCUCUGGACUACAACGAGUCCAAAGGGAUUUAUGAGAAAGUGGGUGAGGCGACGGAGACGGCUCUUUGCUGUUUGGUGGAGAAGAUGAACGUCUUCAACUCUGAUGUGCGUGGCCUGUCCAAGGUGGAAAGAGCCAACGCUUGCUGCACCGUGGUCAAGCAGCUGAUGAGGAAGGAGUUCACCCUGGAGUUCUCCAGAGACAGGAAGUCCAUGUCAGUCUUCUGCUCCCCCGCCAAGUCGGCCAAAGCUCCCGUGGGAAACAAGAUGUUUGUCAAAGGCGCUCCAGAGGGAGUGAUCGAUCGUUGCUCUUACGUCCGAGUCGGUACCACCCGAGUGCCGCUGACUGGCCCGGUCAAAGACCACAUCAUGUCCAUCAUCAAGGAGUGGGGAACCGGGCGCGACACCCUCCGUUGUUUGGCCCUCGCCACCCGUGACACUCCUCUGAGGAAGGAGGAGAUGAACCUGGAGGACUCCACCAAGUUUGCAGACUACGAGACCGACUUGACGUUCGUGGGCUGCGUCGGCAUGCUCGACCCUCCACGCAAGGAAGUCAUGGGCUCCAUCGAGUUGUGCAGGGCCGCCGGUAUUCGCGUCAUCAUGAUCACUGGUGACAACAAGGGCACAGCCGUGGCCAUCUGCCGCCGCAUUGGCAUCUUCAAGGAGGACGAGGACGUCACCGGGAAGGCCUACACAGGCCGCGAGUUUGACGACCUCCCACCAUACGAGCAGAAGAACGCCGUCCGAAAGGCUUGCUGCUUCGCCAGAGUGGAGCCAUCGCACAAGUCAAAGAUUGUCGAGUUCCUGCAAGGUUUUGAUGAGAUUACAGCCAUGACCGGUGACGGAGUGAACGAUGCCCCUGCCUUGAAGAAGGCGGAGAUUGGCAUCGCCAUGGGCUCUGGCACUGCCGUUGCCAAGUCUGCCUCUGAGAUGGUCCUGGCUGACGACAACUUCUCUUCCAUUGUGUCUGCUGUUGAGGAGGGCAGAGCCAUUUACAACAACAUGAAGCAGUUCAUCCGCUACCUCAUCUCCUCCAACGUGGGCGAGGUCGUCUGUAUCUUCCUGACCGCUGCUCUGGGUCUUCCUGAGGCUCUGAUCCCCGUCCAGCUCCUCUGGGUCAACCUUGUGACUGACGGUCUGCCCGCCACGGCGCUGGGCUUCAACCCCCCUGACUUGGACAUCAUGGGCAAAGCCCCCCGCUCCCCCAAAGAGCCCCUCAUCUCCGGCUGGCUCUUCUUCAGAUAUCUGGCCAUUGGAGGUUACGUUGGAGCCGCAACCGUUGCAGCAGCUGCCUGGUGGUUCCUGUACUGCGACGAGGGUCCGAUGGUCUCUUUCUACCAGCUGUCUCACUUCAUGCAGUGCAGCGAGGACAACGAGGACUUUGACGGCGUGCACUGCGAGGUGUUCGAGUCCUCUCCACCAAUGACCAUGGCUCUGUCUGUGCUGGUCACCAUCGAGAUGUGCAACGCUCUGAACAGCUUGUCUGAGAACCAGUCCCUGGUGCGCAUGCCGCCCUGGAGUAACUGCUGGCUGGUGGGCGCCAUGAGCCUCUCCAUGUCCCUUCACUUCAUGAUCAUCUACGUCGACCCCCUCCCUAUGAUCUUCAAGCUCACUCAUCUGAACGUGGAGCAGUGGUUGAUGGUGCUGAAGCUUUCCUUCCCGGUCAUUCUCAUCGACGAGCUUCUGAAGUUUGUGGCUCGCACAUAUCUGGAGGGUAAAGUGUAGAAGAGAAGAGCUGCAGAGAGAAGAUGUGAUCGUGCCAAACGUCACGAAUACAAAACACUGAAAUACACCAAAAAAAAAAAAAACAAUAAACUAAGCUGCAAAACAUUUCUUCUGUGUAUGUACUGAAAAUAAUAUAUAGCUAAGAGUUAUUAAAACUAUUCUGUGAUGAUUUUAUUCUUAAAGAAUAAAGAUAAUGUAUUAAUCUUCAAAACAUG